AUGACCUGCAGUUACAUGAACACCGUUUUAGACUCCGUGUUGUACAAACGCGCCAUCGCUACAGGCGUGUACAAGCAAAAGUUUCUAUACGCGGCCAUUUGGGGCAAGGCAACUGCUAUAUCUAAAUUCUUGAAGGAAGGCGUUUUAAUGACCCAAUUCAAUAACAACACCUACACAUGGUCGUCCUGUGAUUAUCACAAUCUAAGCCACGCGAAACGGAACACUCCAACUUGGGAUCCGGAAAUUCAUCCACUAUUGGCUGCUGUGCUUUUCGGCCACGUUGAGGUAGUGAGGACGUUGCUAGCAGAGGGCAAUGCGAAUGUUGACUUUGAGAAUGACUCUGGGGAGACCGCAUUGAUUUAUGCGAUAAAUAAUGACCGUCUCGAUGUGGCCGAAAUUCUACUGGAACAGGGAGCGAACCUGAUGGUGCUUGAUGAGAACGACAACAAAUAUUCACCGUUUAUAUACGCGGCGAAAGUUGGCAACCAAAAUGCGCUUGAAUUGAUGUUACUCGAAUUUUUCUUGCUCAACGGUGUCUGUGUCAAUGAUUACUUUCAAGACGGGGACAGUCUACUUUACCAUGCAUCUAUCAAGGCUCAUUACAAAAUGAUCAAACUGUUAGUGAAGUAUGGGGCAAGAAUGGAAAACGAAAAGGACACUGGUGUGGUGUCUGUCUUUCACCACCAGCCACUUCCAGCAGCUAAGCCCGUUGUCAGGGAACUUUUAAAAUUCGGUUGUAAUGUGGCAAAUGGUAAUCGUCAUGCUUGUGCUUUAUGGCGUAUAGCUCGAGGCUACAACAGAACGCUGAACCCUGACCGUAAACUAAUUGGCCUCCUCCAAGAACGCGGAUUCGACAAGGAAAAAUGCCGGGACAAAUGUUGGGCGAAAAGCAGAUAUCUCUUCCAAGGGGAUGACAUGACGAGUGACGAAUUUUUUAACUACGUCAAAGGUGAUGCAUAG